AUGAUUGACUUUAUAGACAUCAACGGUGCCCGUCUGGCAUACCGCAUAGCUGGACCAGAAAAGGCACCGCUCAUGAUCACGUUACAUGGUGGCCGCGGAAUGGGUACAUCAAUUGAAAGCUCAAUCCAGUUGAGCGAUAAGAUUCGAGUUCUCUCCUUCGAUUACCGUGGACAUGGCCAAAGUUCUUUGACUAAGCCUUACACCUUUGAGCAAAUUGUCGAUGACAUCGACGCGGUAAGACAGCAUUUCAUCGGUGAUGGUCAGGCCAUCAUCUGCGGCGGUAGUUUCGGCGGUUUCCUAGCGCAGCACUAUGCCAUCAAGUACGCCCCGAAAGUGUCGCAUCUGGUUCUCAGAGGGACUGCACCGUCUCAUCAUCGUGAGUCGUGGAACCUCGGCGAGCGUUAG